AGAGGAGGAAGCUACAGAGGGACAGUCAGAGGAGGAGACACGGGAGGAAAGAAGUAGGAGAAGCGGCUGUAGUGAUAGAGGAAGGCUGUCCCCGGAGCGGAGAGGGUCCCCUCAGUGAGUCCGAGUUGUGGGACAUAGAAGAAGAAGGUGGAGGAGGGAAGGGGGGAGCGCAGAGUUUGCCCGGGCUCUCCUAGUCAUGUAGCAGGAAGCAGAGCAGAGUCUAUGUUGGGGGAGGAGGAGGAGGGAGCAGAGUUUUUCCCCCCCUUUGCUCGCCGUUGCUAACUGGGAAGACUUUAGAAGGAAGGAGGGAGAAAAGCUGGAAGAUUUGAGGUGAGGCACAGCAUGCAGCUCUGCAGCCCUCCCCGGCUGGCCAAUAUGGCUGCUGCUGCUCCUGCUUGCAGGCUGUGUGCAGGCGGAGGAUCCAGCAGGGCAGGCUUGUGCUCGGCUCCUGUACAGGCUGGACACUGAGGACUCCUGCUGGGCCUGGAACUCCUAAGGACUCACUAACAGAGGAGGAGGGAGACUCAGCGGUUCUUUCUAACCCCCCCCCCCCAUUUCCCUGUGUAACAUGGAGCCCAAACACAGGGAGUUACUCCAACAGUGCCACCACAACCUGGUGGAGUCCAUCAGUGAUGCAGACAGGUUGCUGAACCUCCUGGAGGAGGCCGGGACCCUCACCCUCAGGGACAGGCAAGAGCUGGACAGCAGUGGUCCCACCAACCGAGACAAAGUGGACCUCCUGCUGAAGAUGCUCCUGGUGAAGGACAAGGACCACUUCCAAGAUCUGCGGGUCGCCCUGGAGAAGACGGAACCCCAUCUCUUGUCCAUCCUUUACUUGAACGGCAUGGGAAGCGGAGACGCGGCAGGUUCCUCUUACAGUGUCCUCACGACCAUGCCUUCAGACUCAGAAAGCAGUGGAUCGCUCAGCAGUGUUGGUACGACUAAUAAAGCAUCAUCCCCACCCCCUUCUGCUGCAGACAGUCGUCACAUGACUGAGAAGUUAGACACCAUAUUAUCGCAGCUGAGGCAAGUAACGCGAGAAAGGGAUGAGCUCCGCAAACGCUUGGCUUUAUCCUCACCAGGGUCAACAUUUGAUGACUGCAGGCCGAGCCCUAAGCUGUCACCUGAUUAUGAGCGAUUGAAGGUUCAGUGCAUGAAAGCUAUGACUGAGCUUGAAGCGCUACAAAGCCAGCACUCAAAGGCACUUAAGAAAUGUGAAGAAGCAGCAAAGGAAGCAGAUUUUUACCACACUCUUCACAGCCGUGUGUUGAACGACCAGACACAGCUUCAAGAAGAUGGUGAGAGUCUACGUCGAAAACAUGCCCAGUUACAGCGCGAGUUCAAUCAUCUGCAACAAUCCUGUCAGGACCUCAAGAGGAUGCACGAAGCUGAUCAAAAGGAGAUCUCAGAACUGCGGAGACAACAGCAACUGGUGGUAAAACAGAACGGCUCUUCUGAACUCAUUAACAAGCUGUAUGACACUGCUUUGGACAAGCUUGAAAUUGUGAAGAAAGACUAUGACACUUUACGUAAACAGUACAAUGAGAAGGUGUCCAGCCAUAAUUUGGAUUUAGGGCGUUUGGAGCAGAGCGAGGAGGAGAAGAGGAGCCUGCAGAAACAGUUGGAGGGUCUGCUGAAGCAGAGGGACAGUGCAAUGCACCUCCAACACCAGUACACCUCUUCAAUCAGAAGGUACGACUCCAUCCAGCAGGAACUGAAUAAAACAUCUUUACAGAACAAGGAGCUGCAGAGAGACGUGGACAGGCUGCAAGCAGAGGCUACACGAUUUAAGACCAUGCAACUCAAGGCAGCAAAAGAUGCAGAGAAAUACAAAGAGGAGAGAGACUCGGUGUUCAACGAGUAUCGUCUAAUCAUGAGUGAGCGGGACCAAGUCAUUAAAGAGAUGGAUAAGAUGCAAACUGAGCUUGAGCUAGCACAGGGAAGGCUGAAAAAUACAUCCUGUGAGAAGAGAGUUGCCAGCGAGGAAAUGGAAGCUCUUAGACAGGAAUUAAAUUCUGCCCUGGUAGAACGGGACAGGGCAAUUUUUGAAAGGAAUGAGCUUCUUGAGAAGUAUUGCCAUGAGGUGAAAGACAAGGCAGAAGCACAGAAGGAGUUGGACCAAGCCUGUAAGGACAUAGAGACUGUGAAAGAAGAAAGGGAUGUGGCGAGGAAAGAAAGGACAGAGGCCAUCAUACAGAGGGAUCACCUACUAAGGGAGUACUAUCAAGCCAGACAGAUUCAGGAUUCUGCCACUCUAGACAUGGAAAGAGCCAACAAAGAGAUUGAAGUUCUAAGGAAGCAGUAUGAAGCCAUGAGCCAUGAACUAAAGGAAGCCACACAGGAGGCUGAAGUAGCUAAAUGCAGACGAGAUUGGGCCUUUCAGGAGAGGGACAAAAUCGUGGCUGAAAGAGAAAGCAUCCGUACACUGUGUGAUAACCUGCGCAGAGAGCGAGAUCGAGCGGUCAGUGAGCUAGCAGAAGCAUUGAGAAACCUUGAUGACAUGCGCAAACAGAAGAAUGAUGCCUCGAGAGAACUGAAGGAGCUGAAAGAAAAGAUGGAUAAUCACAUUGAGAAAGAAGCCAGGUUCCGGCAGCUUAUGGCUCAUAGCUCUCACGAUUCUGCAAUUGACACAGACUCGCUGGAGUGGGAGACGGAAGUGGUAGAGUUUGAGCGAGAGAGGGAGGAUAUGGACCUUAAGGCUCUGGGAUUUGAUGUGGCAGAUGGAGUGAAUGAACCCUACUUUCCAGGGGACGGUGGCAUUUUUGUGACAAAGGUUGACAAAGGCAGCAUUGCCGAUGGCCGCUUAAGGGUGAAUGAUUGCCUCUUGAAGAUUAAUGAUGUGGAUCUCACAAAUAAGGAUCGCAAGCAGCUAAUUAAAGCUGUAUUAAGUGGAGGGGAUGUCAUUAACAUGGUAAUUCGUAGAAGAAAGUCCCUGGGCAAUCGAAUUGUCACUCCUCUUCAGAUCAGCUUGGGUGGCCAGAAAGACAGUGGAAUUUCCUUGGAGUCUGGUGUGCUGGUGUCGGCUGUGAUGCCCGGGAGUCCUGCUGCCAAGGAAGGAACACUUAUGCCUGGUGACAGAGUGGUGGCUAUUAAUGGUAUAGCUCUAGACACCAAGUCCAUCACCGAUUGUGAGGCUCUUCUGAGAAGCUGUCGGGAUUCAUUUAGCCUUUCCCUUUUAAAGAUAUUUCCACCAAAUACAUCAUGGAGUGGACAAAACCUCUUUGAAAACCUUAAGGAGUCAUGUCGUGUACUCCCAUCAAAUAUUCAAGCUCAUAACAAAAGGAACCUGAAGAACAACAGCUCAACACAAACUGACAUCUUCAACCCAGAUAUGAUUGAUCAUAAAAAGGAGAUGGGAGAUUGCAGUGGAUCAGACCGAGCCCUUCAGCUGAGCUGUCACAGCCACUCUGAACAUAGUUUGGGAUCACUUGGGGGAGAAGUCUUUAUUGGUCGUGGGUAUGAGUUGUUGGAAGAGGAAGGACGACCACUUGGAUACCCAGAUGCUAUUGCAGAUGUUAUGGUUGAUGCACCUACAGGCAAGAGGAGCAGUGGUACGUGGCCUAAAGUUAUAGUUAGCAGCCCAGGACACUCCCAGAGUGAGUUCACAGUCUUCAAGAGACCAAGACACAGAAAAUCCAUAUUUGAUCCAGAUACCUUCAAGAGGCCUCAAACUCCUCCAAAACUUACCUAUUUGCCUUCAGGGCCAAUCAUUGCACACUCUCCCCAGCCUUCAAAGGUGGACAGGCCACCAACACCCCCAACUCCUCCAAAACGUAGUGACUCUAUUAAAUUUAAACAUAGACAUCAGUCUAGCUCUGCUUCUGAUUCCACAGUAACUGCUGGCUCGCCUCCUACUAGCCCAUCUCCUGCUUCUGGCCAGGAAGGCUCCCACAAGAUACAGCAUAGUAGGGGUGUUGGGAAAUGCUGCAGAGAUGAUGGGACAAAUUGUGCCUUGCCAGGAUGCAGAGGUGGUGGGGAAGUGGAAAGCUGUUUACAAAGAGCAGAGGAACCAGAAGUAAAAAGGCCAAGACCACUGUCUGCUCCAGCACUAAAGCAUCGCCUAGCUCCUGUAUCCAUUCCUCAUCAUGCACUGCAGACCCAGAAGUUCUCCCCCAAUUCAGAGGAUCGUAUGUCUCCUGACAUAGCUCAUGAGUGGGUGCGAUUCUCUCCCAUACCUUCUCCCCGCCAUAGUGAAAUUUUUACAACUUCCUUGUAUGGAUCUGGUAUGUCAGGUACUGUCCCUCGGAGUCUGGCUCCAUGUCCCGCAGUUACAGCAGUUUGUAGAAGCCCAAUCUACACAGCCUGGAGCCAUCGUGUACCAUCUAAUAACUGUCCUUCCUCCACAGGCCAAGUCUGCUCACAGCACCUGCAUCAGAGUGGACAGCACCAUGGUCGCUUAAGCUUAGACCUGAGCCACAAACACCCCAGUGAGUACUGUGACACAUCCCGCCCCAGAGUAUCUCAUGGUUCCAAUUCUCUCCCCUCCAGUGCUCGCCUGGGUUCUUCAAGAACAGAGCGCAUUAAAAUUCCAUUAACUCCAAGAUAUGUGAGGUGCCCAGUGGGCUCAGAUAGGGGUUCCCUGUCUCAAUCUGAGUGUAGCAGCCCCAGUUUAUCCAGUCCUCCUCAUUCUCCUCUAAACUUGGAAACAUCAUCAUUUGCAAGCAGCCAGUCACAGAACUCCAUUGCCAGUUUACCAAGGAUAUCAAUAAGCACUGUGCCAAUGGGGGAAAGAAGGAAAGACAGGCCGCUAGUGGAUGAGCCUCGACAUGUCCGAGUACAGAAAGGCGUUGAGCCCUUGGGAAUUUCUAUUGGAGGAGGAGAGAGUGGGGGAAUCUUUGUAUCAAAGGUGAUGGCGGGAAGCAUUGCACAGCAAGCUGGGUUGGAGUAUGGUGACCAGUUGUUGGAGUUUAAUGGGAUAAAUCUGAGAAAUGCCACUGAGCAGCAAGCAAGACUGAUUAUUGGACAGCAAUGUGAUACCAUCACUAUCUUGGCUCAGUACAAUCCUCAUCUGUGCCAACCCCUCCACUCACGAUCCAGUUCACGACUGGAUACAAGUACUUCUCAUUCCACGCCGCAUGGUAGUGGAGCGGCCACACCUGACAAUCAUUCCGUCAUUGACACUGUGAGUGAGCAAGAUGAGGGAACUAUGACUCCACCUUCAAAAGAAACAACACCCAGCACAAGUCCUCGCAUUUCUCUCAAGACAUCUGUGGAUGGUGUAAAAAGACAUUCAGAGAUUCGUACAAUCACCCUUUCUAAAUCUCCAGUAGAGCUUGGAAUGCAGAUCUGUGGAGGUAAUCUUCAUGGGAUAUUUGUGAUGGAUUUUGAUGAGGAGAGUGCAGCUGGUGGAUUGUCGGGGUUAAUCCCAGGAGACCUGAUUCUAGAAUAUGGCUCUGUUGAUAUGAGGAACAAAACAGCAGAAGAAGCUUAUCUAGAAAUGCUGAAACCAACAGAGAAUGUCAAGCUAAAAGUACAGCAAAAACUAGAGGAGUUCAAUAAAAUCAAAGACCAAACUGGGGAUGGAUUCUAUGUCAGAGCACUUUAUGAUCGAACAGCAGAAAACCCUCAGGAGCUAAGUUUUAAGAAGGACGAUAUCUUGUUUGUGGAUGACACCCUUCCUCUGGGAGCUUUUGGUGCAUGGAUGGGUUGGCAGCUUGAUGAAAAUGCUCAGAAACUGGGGAGGGGCCAGAUCCCCAGCAAAUACAUGAUGGAACAAGAAUUCUCCCGCCGUCUCAGUGUUUCAGAGGCAAAAGAUGAAGGUGCUGCUGGGAAGACUCUUUCUGCUGCAGCCAGGCGAUCCUUUUUCCGCAGGAAACACAAACACAAGCGGAGUGGGUCUAAAGAUGGCAAGGAACUUCAAGGGCUUGAUACCAUCAGCACAGAUUCCAUCUCUUUCCUAGAUGCAUUUGACUUUUGUCUCUUAGAAUCUAUGAACUUGGCAUACCAGCGAGUUCAGAGGGUCGACUGCACGUCACCUCGCCCUGUGCUUAUUCUAGGACCAUUAGUUGAUGCUGUGAAAGAUAUGCUUGUCAAGGAGUCCCCAGGGAGGUUCUGCAGAUGUCCUCUAGAGGUAAUGAAAGCCUCACAACAGGCCAUAGAGCGUGGGGUGAAGGACUGUCUUUUUAUAGACUACAAGAGGCGAAGUGGGCACUUUGAUGUCACCACGGUUGCUUCCAUAAAGGAGAUCACAGAGAAGAACUGCCACUGUCUGUUGGACAUAGCCCCUCAUGCUAUUGAGCGUCUUCACAGUGUCCACAUCUAUCCCAUUGUCCUCUUCAUCCGGUACAAAAGCACGAAGCAGAUAAAGGAACAAAAGGACCCAAUCUUUCUAAGGGACAAAGUUACACAGAAAAAUUCCAAAGAGCAGUUUGAAUCUGCACAAAAGGUUGAGCAGGAAUACAGCAAGUAUUUCACAGCUGUAAUCCAAGGAGGUGCGCUGGUCAACAUUUGCACUCAGAUCCUGGUUGUUGUAGAACAAGAACAAAACAAAGCCCUGUGGAUCCCAGCCAAUGCAUUGUGAGGUGUCAGUUUUAUUCCUCAUAUGAACAAUGAAUAAAACAUCUAGCACAUACUCCUCUUCAUUUUACAUUUCACUGAAAAUGCAAUGGAGUUAAAAUCCACAUGUUAGCAAAAUGAAUGGGAAAGCCACUGAAUCGCCAACAGAAUGACUCUAGAAGUCGGCAAGCUGGAAACCAGAGUCCUCUGAAUUUGGAAGUCAAAGGAACUUAUUUUCACUACACCAGAAGGUCCAUAGAGAAGGGAUUCACCAAGCUAAUACACAAGGGCAAAGCACCCCACAUGCUGUCUGUGGAGGAACUAUAAUGGUUUAGCGGAGAAGCCAAAACUAAACACUUGGACAAAUAAGCCUAUGGCACCAUCAAGGCAGCAAUGACAGGGAGUGUGUUGCUGUGCCUGCAGGAGAACUUUUUAUCUGUAGUGCUUAUGGAUUCGGAUUAAAUUGGGAGCAGUUUUAUUUUUUUAUACUCCUAACACACUAAUAAUUGGUACUUGGCCAGGGGUACAUCAGGAAGAAUUAGUAUAUCAUUGCAAAUGUUUAGGUCCUGUAGUGAACCUGCUAUGACAUAUUAAACACUUCACUUCUGGAGAUGAAUAGCAAUGAGUUGCUUAUGCUGAUACUUGAAUGAAUGGCUUCUUGGCAGAUGGUUAGAUUUGUUUCUGUGACACUACCUGUGUCUGCACUUUUCUGGAAACAUGCUAGCUGUCAGAAUUUUUAAUUCAUAUAAAAAGGAGGGAGAAUGAAAGCUGAAAAACAUUUGUGGAAAAGUUGGUGCAGUGCACUUACCAUGCCUAUGUGUCAAUAUUAAUCACAUUCGUACACACUUAUGUAUACAGAGAUUCAUGUUUAACUAUUUUAGAUUAAAACCAUCGGCUCUCCUACAAACAAAAAAUAAUUGCCUUUUAAAGCCAUUAAACAUGCCUUACAAUUGCUGAUCUCCUGAAAGGUUUUCUAACUACUAUUCACAGCGAUAGCUUUCUCCAGUUAUGGUAGGGAACCACAAAAAGGAAACCAACUAAGAUAUUAAACUUUGGCUUCAGAAUCCAUUUUUUGCCCCCGAGGUUCGGUAGCAGAGUAAAUUAGGAGCCUCAAUGGGUGUUCAUGUUUUACAUUAAAGGGACCUGGUAAACGUUGUAUGUUUUAUAAAAUAAUCAUUGUAUUUAUAUCAGAAAUAACACAGUACCAUGCAGUUAUUAACAUUAUUGAAAGAAUCAGCUCCAGAGCAGAAAUUUGCUCAUACUAAGUAGAAUUGACAAACAUAAGAUGUCUACUAAAGGGAAUUUACUUAAAUUUCCAUACUUCUGUUUACACAAAAAAAAUCUAUGGUAUCUCAGCAUUGGUAUUAUGUAUUAUUUUUCCUUGAUUUCUAAUUUAUAUGUGAAGAAAUUACAUAAGACGAUGAGAACAGGUACCGAUUUUAGAAAAUUGUUAUGUUGUCGACAAAAGGGCAAGGGAGGUGAGCAUUCAGAUACUGUCUGCUUUGAGUAGUACAAGCCAUCAUGAUGAUUUUAAUGUUCGUCUUGUCACUUGCUGACAAAUAUCCUAUUUGAGCAAUGAUCACAUAACAAUAUGCACCUUCUUUACAAUAUUUUUACUUUAAGAACUAUUAAAAAAAAAAAAAAAAA